GGAGGGGUUGAUGGAGGUAAUAGUGCCGAGUUUAGCUCUUUGCAACAUGAUCCGCGGAGAGGCCGGGCUCUGCGGCGCUGCAUCCUGCCCCUCCGCACCACAUGGAGACCGGAUAGAGCCUCGGUGAACGUGGGCUGAUAAAGACACGGUUUACCGUCUUCCUGCUCAUUCUGCUGCCCGUGAGGACGCGAACAUCAGCAGCUCCUGGCGGAUGGGAGUCCGAGUCAUGGAGGUGACGGGAAGUGCGACUGGUGCCUAUUGCGGUCUGCGUCAAACCUCCAGGAGAUGAAGCCUCUUGUGCCUCUUAAAGGACUUUUUGGGUUUGCUUGUUUAUUUGUUGUUGCGGGAGUCUAUGUUAGUAAACAUCCUGCUGAGACAGUGAUGGUCUCCUCAUCUUCUGCCGCUCAGAGGCUCCCAGCAUCUGCAUUGUGAGAAGUGGGAGUGGGCGUUUGGAAUAUGCAGAUAGAAAAAACAACAGGUUGAGCUGUGGAUUUAAACCAGUCAAGCCCAUCUGGAUAAUUUUUGUUGUUGUUGUUUUUGUUGUUUUCCAUUAUGAGUUCGGUGUUUUUCUCCGACUGCCCGCCCGCUCCGGUCUGCAGCGUCCCCACCAGCGCCCUGCGUAACGACCUGGGCUCCAACAUCCAUGUGCUGAAAACCCUCAACCUGAGAUUCCGCUGCUUCCUGGCCAAAGUCCACGAGCUGGAGAGGAGGAACAAGCUGCUGGAGACCCAGCUGAAGCAAGCCCUGCAGCGGCCGCAGUGCCGACACCCGUUCGGCCGGGAGGUCGCCGUGCAGACGGACGGUCCAGAGUCCAGACUACCGGGGACCAUCUGGAGUUUCACCCACAUCCGGAGACAAGGGGAGCGCUUCGAGACCCUGCACGCGCCCGGGGUGACGUGGACGCAUCCGGACGGAGUCGGGGUCCAGAUUGACACCAUCACCCCAGAAGUGAGGGCUCUGUACAACGUGCUGGCUAAAGUCAAGCGAGAGAGGGACGAGUACAAGAGGAAAUGGGAGGAGGAGCUGUCCAAACGAGAGCAGCUGGAGUCCACGGUGGAAUCCCUGCAGCAGGGUGCCCGUGAGUCUUCAGAGGUCCAGGACUCGCUGAACGAGAAGGUGGACAGACUGAAAGCAGAACUCGUGGUCUUCAAGAGCCUCAUGAGUGAUCAAAUGUCUGACCUGGACUCUAAGAUCCAGGAGAAAGCCAGGCGAGUGGACAUGGACAUCUGCAGGCGCAUUGACAUCACAGCCAAACUGUGCGACGUAGCGCAGCAGCGCAACUCAGAGGACAUGUCAAAAAUGUUCAACGUCAGUCCUGCCAGGUCGCUCCCAGAUAAGGGCACAGUGGCAUGCUGCAAGAGAAAAGAGCAUAAAGGCGUGUCGGAUGAGGAGAAUUCAGAGAUGGACGUCAAGCCGAUAACUUCGGAGGAAGAAGUUCCUGGAUCGCUCAACAUCACGGAUGAGAUGAAACGCAUGCUCAACCAGCUACAUUGCUCAGAUAACUCCUUUGUCGCCAGGCGCGAGACGUUCGAAAUCGACGACGACUGCGACAGUCUAACGUGGGAGGAAAACGAGGAGACUCUGCUGCUGUGGGAGGACUUCACCAACUACAACGUGCCGUGCACCAUCACCGCCGCUGCCACCACCACCGCAGCCUGCUCAACCUGCAAUGGCAACGGAGAAGCUGCUGAUCCGGAUUCCCAGGAUGGAAGUCUUGGCAGCCUCAUUGAUGAAACAGAGUCGAUAUUUAGGAACAGAGAGCAGAAGUACCAGGAGACCAUCGGCCAAAUUGAGAUGGAACUGGCAACGGCAAAAAGCGACAUGAAUCGCCAUCUCCAUGAGUACAUGGAGAUGUGCAGCAUGAAAAGAGGCCUCGACGUGCAGAUGGAGACCUGUCGACGGAUGAUUAAAGGGGGCAGGAACUCUCCUUCUUUCAGCUCGGUGGCUAGCAGCGACUCAGGGAACACAGACGAGAUCCAGGAUGAGAUCUCGGACAAGGACGUAGAAACUGAAGUCCCAGUUAGUUGAUGGUUGCACAGCUGGGUUUGAUCCUGUCUCCUGGUGUUGGCCCAAAGUAAUCAAUCACGGGUUUAAAAGCGUGCCGGGCUUCAUCUGGCAGGAGGGUGGAACAAACAUAAUGUUGGGUCAAUUGGACCACGUUCUGGUGCAGGCUCAGAACUGGUGCUUUUAUACUCUUUCGGUUGUUUAAAACGUGGUGGUGGUGGGGUGGGGGGUCUUUGCUGUGAGUAAAUGCAGAUGCCAAGCUGUGCUCUCUUCUUCACUUUCUGCCUCACAGCUCCACACCGUUUUAUGGAGGAAAAUCAACAAAACAUUUUAAACAGGCUCAGAAAUAUUUUUUAUCCUAUUGAAAUCCUUUUUUUAGAAAAGGAAAUGAAUAUAGUACAUAUUGUACUUCUCUAGUCAGCAAAACUCAAACCCACACAUCUUUUUAACUAUUUAUUUCAGAUUGGAAAGUGUUAGUCCUCCCCCUCUUGGUUGGAGCACGGUCUUGUUUUUGCAUUACUGUAAUCUAGGUGUGGUCUUUGCUGUCUGCGUUAAACUGCUGGAGUUUAAAUUUCUUCUGCCAGGGAGACAAAGAGACGGGGCAACGAGUGUUGUUAGACUUGUGGUGGUUUCUGAGGGAACUCAGCAGGCUUGCCAAAGUUGACAGAGGAAUGGAGCACAGCCUUUUCACGCAGCGGUGCACUACUGAAGUUCUAUGCAAUUUAGCUGGCCUUAUUUUUUUUUUGUACUUGCUGUCAACAAUUUUAGCUUCUUACAACCAAUAGCCUCUCAAGGAAAGUAGCCUUUUUACCUUUUAGUUUUGUUAUUGAUGGGGAACUUUAACUGGAACGGCGGUGUCAGAUGUAUUCAUUUGUGGCAAUAUUCCUUUUUGCCUGUUGUUAUUUGCUGCAGAAAGCAGGAAGUGCAUUCCUCCAACUUUGAUAGGAUUCGAUGAGGAACCAUUGCUUAUGUUUUGAGCAGAUAGGUUGCACACAUCCACCCAUAUACUUUAAAAUGAAGCACAGGAGUUGUUUUAUCACAACCUGAAUAGGCUGAAUGCCAUCAAAGCUUAAAACGUUCAUGCAAAACCAAAGGAUGUUAGAUACAGUUAGUUUUAUCCAUUUGAUUUUAAGCAAUCGCUCGAUUUGAUGUGUGGAUUCAGUAUAGCUUUGUAAAGUUUUACUUGUAGACCACGUAUGCUGUCCUGCAGGGGGCGCUGCUCCAGACGGACCUUCUUCCUGCUUUGUUUUCUGAAUGGGGCUACAAAUGUCAGAAUGUACAUAGAGGCCUGUAGGCAUGUGAUUGUAUUUACCCCAGAGGCCUUGUUUCCUGCUUUAUCUGAUUUGUUCCUGUUCAGCGCAGAAACCGAUGACUGCAUGAGGGCAGAAGUGACCUUUUAGUUUUUAAAUCACCUCUUUGUUUUAUUUUCUGUGUGUGGUUUGAUGGUUCAAGAGUUGGUGUUAAAAUUUAGGGCUUUUUGCUUUUGAAGCAUGCUGUCGGAGGAAAUAACGAAGCUAUGAGUCCUUUUGUUUUCCUAAGAUUAUAACUCAGUCAAUCAUUGCGUAACUGAGGCAGAAAGUGUAUUUUUCAAAGAUUUUACCCAGACUGUUUAACCAUUAAACUGUGUGGCCAUAUUUAACAUUUAAUCAAAUAUUUUGUCAGUGUUUGGUUAGCUAACGGGAGAUUUAAGUGUUAAUAUCAAUCAGAGUGAAUUCUUGGAGAAGAUGUCUCCGUAGUUAAGUUGAUAUAAAACCAGCCUGAUGAGUAACUAAAGAGCCAUUCUAAUAUCGCUACUGUCCUUCGCUGCAGCUGCGUCCCACAUUGUUUAACGGCUGUCUGGCUCUAGCAUCUGGGAACAGCAGGUCCUGUGUCUCUCACACUCCUCUGACCAUCGCACUAACCAGCCAACCAAAGCAGACAUGCAGAGUAACGUCAGGACAAACCAUAAACCAGUCCCACUUACUCAGUCCACAGGGUUUCCUACUUCAGUAAAUGUAAAAAACGACUGAAUUGUCGCCACUCUCCCAUCACUUGAAGCAGGUUGUACUUAUCUCCGAUAAAAUAAAGCUAGUUUAUGGAAUGAAGCUUGACCCUAAAAUAAUAACUGCAAAAAAAAAAGGUGCAACGCCGUUGAAAACCCAGGGUGUGUGUUUAGCGUGUUUCUUUUGAGACGUCUGUGUGAGUUAUGCUUUACUAAACAAGUUCUCGACCAGACCAACGUGUAAACCAGAUCCUGCUGGAUGUGAAUAUUUCAUACUAAAAAGAGGUUUUAUAAGGACAGUUUUUUAUCCGUGACACACGGGGGGUUAUAGGUUUGUGCUUUUUUGUUGUGUUGGCAGUUUUUCAUGACCACCUGUCCUGUAUUUUACAACAAGCAGAUGAAAGCUGCUUAAACGUGUCAGUUUGCUCAUUAUGUUUAACGUGCCUUGCAGGUAGCAUCUUUAGGUUAUUUAAGUGGCUGUUUUAAUUUACUUUACUUCAUUUUUCUUAGUUUUGUAAGUUUAUCUUUUUUUUGUUGAAACUAUUUAUACAGUGUAUUCUUGAGGGAGUUGGGCAAUCUUGGUUUUAAAAUGAUGAAUGUAAUCAGCUGAUUUUGGGGAUUACUAUAAUAAAGAACGGGUUGGUUAAAAUUUA